AUGCCCUUCGAAGCCGCCCAAAAACUCUCCUCCUACCACCUAAUCCCCCAAUCCGUCGAUGUAUCCCUCGCACCCCCCGAAUCCUACUUUUACAUCACCGACUUUUUGAUCAUAUCCUGCGGCAUCCUCUACACCCUCUGCUACGCCUUCUACACCAUGCGCACCUACAGCGACCGCUUCCUGGCGGGUACCGUGCAAUUCCUCAGCGCAACCAUGGCCUACGAAAUUUACUACGCCUAUGUCUGCACCACUACAACCUUGCAGCGCGCGUGCUUCUUCGUGUGGUUUUUGUUUGACAUUACGUUUGUGAGUGUGGCGCUAAAGUAUGCAUAUGGGCCUGGGGAGAGGGGCAGGACGAUUGUGAAGUUGCUGUGGCAGACGCCGGCGUGGAUGGGUUUCUUGUGGUGGGUUGGGGGGUUGUGGCCGGAUGAGCGGGGGCAGAAGACUGCGUUUUUUACGGGGUUGUAUCUUGAGUUGCCGAUUGGGUGGGGGCAGAUCUUGUAUUUGGUGAAGAGGGGAGAUACGAAGGGGCAGUCGUUGGAGAUUUGGAUUACGAGAUACCUUGGGUGCAUCGCGGCGUUCUUGGUUUUCAUAUGGCGGUACAUUAACGUGCCUGAGAACUGGGCGUAUGUGGGCAACUGGUGGAGUAUCGGCGGGAUGAUUGUCACUUUACUACCAGAAACCGUGUACCCAUUCUUUUACGUCUGGGCACAUCGCAAAGAGAGGGAGAAGAAAGAGAAGACUUCAUGA